CGUCACAUUCCUGGCCCUCUCCUGGCCAGAUUCAGCAACACAUGGCUAGCCUACCACGCAAGAAGAGGCCAGAAGUUCACCGCUGUCGAUGAGGCCCACAAAAGGUAUCCAAGCUGUCUAUGCUCACGGUAACGGUUUCCUCAAAGAUCACUUCUACGAAGCUUUUGUGUCCGGUGUGCCCGGCGUCUUCAACACAAGAGAUCGUGUUCAACAUACACGAAAGCGAAAGAUUGUCGCUCACGCUUUCUCUCCUGGCGCGGUCAAUGCUUUUGAGACACACAUGGCAGAGAAUCUUCGUCGCUGGAUUGGUCAAUUGGAUCGUAUCGCUGCUGCUCCAGAGAGAGAUGGAUAUGCAAAGAUGAACAUGAUGCCGUGGUGCUCCUACAUCGCUUUCGACAUCAUCGGCGACCUCGCUUUUGGCGCUCCCUUCGGCAUGGUUAAAAAAGGCCGUGAUGAGGUGGAAACACAACUCUCACCCAACGGACCUAUCCUUCUUGCUCCCGGAGCGGAAACAUUGAAUCGUCGCGGUGAAGUGUCCUCCACACUCGGCUUACUGCCUUCUCUUCGCCCUUUCGCAAAAUACCUUCCCGAUCCAUUCUUCACAAAGGGCAUCCAAUCGGUUCAGAAUCUGCACGGCGUUGCAUCAAUCGCCGUUGCAAAACGCCUUGACGCUACAGAGAAGGAUAACGCUCAACAAAAGCAACGUCACGACAUCUUGGACAUGCUCGUAAAAAGCAAAGGCCCCGAUGGCACACCCAUGCAACGCGACGAAUUGACCUCUGAAGCCUUGACCCAACUCAUCGCAGGCAGCGACACAGUCUCCAACACCUCUUGCGCAAUAAUCUAUUACAUCCUAUCUGGCGAAAGAGAAGCACCAGGAACCAUACUCUCUCGCCUGCAACAAGAAUUGGAUACCGCGAUCCCUGACUCCACAGCUGUGGCUUCCCAUGCACAAGUCAAGAAUUUGCCGUUCUUGCGCAGAUGUAUGGAUGAAGGCAUGAGGUUACACUCCACCUCUGCUCUCGGAUUACCUCGUCUCGUGACUUCUUCUUCCUUUUCAUUUUCUUCUGUUCAUUUCCCCAUGGGCACUGUUCUCAGUGUCCCUAGCUAUACCUUGCACCACUCCUCCGCUAUCUGGGGUCCCGAUGUCGAGUCUUUCAAGCCUGACCGCUUUCUCCAUCUUACAGAAGCUCAAAAAACUGCUUUCAACCCAUUUAGCUAUGGACCACGGGCUUGUGUGGGACAGAAUGUUGCGAUUAUGGAGUUGGCACUUAUCGUGGGAACCUUGUUCAGGAGAUAUGACUUGGUGUUGGAGCAGGAGAAACUGGAGAGUAGUGAGGGUUUUAGUAAGAAACCUGUCGAGUGCUGGGUCAGCAUAAGACGGAGAUGAAGACACUGUUCAUUGCAUGUACUUUCAGAGGUAAAGGGUUGGAUACCUGAGCUUAGCAUACAUCGGGGUUUUGGGAGUACAACUUCUGCUCGGCUGCGAAUCACGUCAACAUAGCACGCUGUUGUUACCUUCACGCUAAUUGCACCAAGUCGUCAGAGCAAAUAAGAGUCUAAUGACCAAGUGCUAACUGUUUGCGGGAUGACCCUGUUUCAG